AUGGCUGGACAAAAAAUUGAAACUCAAAGCCACCAAGCACCUAGUCGUGUUUCUAAAAGCAAUACUCCAUUUCAAUCGACUGAUGAGCCUUUUAAUUUGCCAAUUGAGGCUGAAACCACAGUAGAAGAAGAAACUGUCAGUUGUGAUACUACUACUACAUCUAAAUUGGUUGCUCUACCGCCACAACAAGAUCCAGAAACAGAAAUAAUUGCUGGCAGGGAUCUAAUGGAGACUGGUGAGCAUUUAAAUUUGCCCAUUGACAUUGUAACCACAUUAGAAGAAGAAGAUUCUGUCAGUAGUGAUACUACUACUACUUCUCCUCCACAUCAAUAUCGUGAUUCACAACUCAAUGGUGACAGUGAUCAUACAGAAACGGGUGAUUCUUUUGAGUUGUUCAAUGACAGAGAAACCACAGUAGAAGAAGACACUGCUACUUGUGAAACUACUACUGCAUUUCAAUCGGUUGCUUCACCAACCCUACAACAUCCAGAAACAGAAAUCAUUGGUGGCAUUGAUCUGAUGGAGACUGGUGAGCCUUUUAAGUUUCUCAUUGAGGCUGAAACCACACGAGACACUGCUAGUUGUAAUAUGCCUACUACUACUCCAUUUCAAUUGGUUGCUUCACCGCCACAACAAGAUCCAGAAACAGAAAUAAUUACCUACAAAACAACAAACCUUCAAGCUGUCCAUGCAUUAUUCGUUAGCCUUCCUGUUCCUCAUUCCAAUGAAUUGUUGUCUUUACCACCAGAAGCCACAGAAACUAUUCACAGCUCAGAUGUAACUACAGCAAAUGAAACUACGGAUGCAGAAAUAGUUGGUGCCCCAACUGUCCGGGGGAAAAAGCCUAAAAGAGUUUAUCGAAUAAAGGCACCAACUAAUUGCUAUGAGGAAGUCAUGUCAGAGUUAUGUAAACUAAAUGUUUUGAAUGUUUGCUGUGAUAAACACGAAGAUUCCUUGCCCUAUUUAAUAAUGCAAUAUGUACAUAUUCGUUUUCACACAGAGUCUAAGCGAUUUCGAAACAUACAUCUGUCUAGUGAUCGAACGCAAAUGAAAACUAACAAAAAAUUGUCAAGAAUACCAAAAAGUGCUGAAAUUCAAUGUGAAAAAGUCAAAGAAAAAGAAACAGCAAAUACAACAUUACAACGGAUAAAACUUAAAAACAAUAUGGAAAAGUUCUCUAAGAAAUCGUCGACAAGCGAACUGGAAGCCAUCGAUGCAGAGGCUGUCCGUUUCUGCCAUUUCCAAGAAUUACCUUCCACUGUUUUGGAAGAACUUGUCAAGACUCUCAGCACAAAACGCAGAGAUAAUUAUCGACAAUUCAUUGCUCUUCUGAUGGUCCCAAAUUUGAGUACUUUAAAUCUUUCUAUCUGUGAUAAGAAUGAGCUUUCCCACCUUGUUCCUCUUGCAGCAAAAAAUUGCCCGGAAAGAAUCUGA